AUGUUAAGGUCUUUCGGAGCACGUAUAUUCGCGGGCAUAUUCGUCGUCGUCUUCCUCAUAGUUAUUUUCCACAACGAGGAAUCCGCUGGCACGGCUCUCCUUCCUUACCUGCCUGUCCUGCCAUCAACAGGCUCAUCGCAAUCCUCCUCACUCCUCCGAGCAUGGAUAAAAGAUCGAUCUGCUCUCUCUGAGAAAUCGUGGAAAGCAAGUCUCGACCAGCGAGAACAAAUGGCAAAAUCCCAUCCGGAUAACCCAAAGAUACCCUUUUUCCCCAUGGACUUUUUGAAAUACCCAUUCACCAUCUGGGACUUUUUUCCCCCGACCUGGACCUGUCCCCAUGACAUCCAGCGCGUAGGCCGCAUGGGCGACGGCGGAAAAUGGGUCUGCGGCAUGAGCGUCUACGAAGGGCUUCCCGCAGUCAAGGCCUCCGCAUCGGAGGAGUCGGCCCUCUCCAACGCGCAGGACGGCCUCGUAAUGUACAGUUUCGGCAUCAACGGCGAAUCCUCGUUUGAAGCAGAAAUGCUCGAGCGCGUGCCCAGCGCCCGCAUCUGGGGCUACGACUUCUCCGUCGACGCCUGGGGCCCGCAGAUUGCACCGAAACACCGCCACCGCACUUUUUUCAAAAAGGUCGGGCUCGGAAAGGAAGACGCGCAUGACGCCAGUCCGCCAUUCUGGACUCUCCCCUCCCUCAUGAAGCACAACAACCACACCUACAUUGACAUUUUGAAAAUCGAUGUCGAGGGUAGUGAGUACGAUGCGCUAGAUACCAUGAUGGACGCUUUCGACAAUGUGCAAUCCGCAUCGGGAAAGUCGGUGCUGCCAAUCGGCCAGGUCAUGAUUGAGUUGCACUUGGGCGACGGCAUCUCGAUCGACAACCAAGUCGGCGGCGGCAGCGUCGAUUUCGCCCGCUUCCGCAGCUGGUGGGAGCGUCUGGAGCGCAUGGGCAUGCGCCCCGUGUGGAUGGAGAUCAAUCUUUUUGCCGUUACCCUCGGCAAGACAAAGUCGAAUCCUCGGUGUACAGAGUAUGUCUGGGUCAAUGCCCGCGAUCAGAGGAACGUACUUUGGAAUGUAUAG